AUAAGCUUGUGGAUGAAUGAAAAAUAAUUUACCGCCUAAAACUCUAAUCAGCCAUAGCUUUCCCGCCAAAAGUUCCGAACUCGCAGUAGCAAAAUUUCAGUAUCAAAUGCUCAUGUAAGGUCCUCUUUGAAGAUACACCACCCAUACCAAAAUUAGGCUGCAAUGGUGAUUGCGAAUAAUAACGAUAAUCUAAACCUAAAACCUAAACCUAAACCUAAAUCCAAAAAUGCAUACAAUAUCAGUGGAAUUUCAGUUGAGUUCCCUUACCAACCGUACGGGACCCAGCUAGCGUUCAUGGGGAGGGUCAUUUCCACACUCGAUCGAGCCCUAAAAGAUGGCCACUGCCAUGCCUUGCUGGAAUCUCCGACCGGUACUGGAAAAUCCCUAUCGCUUCUUUGCUCAAUCCUGGCGUGGCAACAGAGUUACAAGGUGAAGCAGCAACAUGCCAAUCUUACUCAUUCAAAACCUAAUCCCGAGGCAGUCACUGAUCCUUUAGGUCAUGGCGGUGGAUUUAUUCCCGAAACUCAACCUUCAAGUAUUCCACCUUCGGGAAAUGCGGAGGCAGCUCAACCUGCUGUAAAUAGCAACAAUCAAAAGAAGAAAAAGGCUGCCCCAACUAUAUUUUACUCAUCGAGGACACAUUCACAAAUUACUCAAGUGGUUCGCGAAUAUCGAAAGACUGCAUAUAGGGUGCCUAUGGCAGUGUUGGCUUCAAGGAAGCAUUAUUGCACAAAUGCCCAUGUACGUGGGAAGGAGAAUAUUGAUGAAGAAUGCAAAUUGCUCUUGAAAGAUCGAGAAGCUGGGUGCUCACAAUUCAAAAAUGUAAGUAAAGUCAAAUCCCAUCUAUCACUUCAAAAGGGAGGCUGUCAUGAGGUCCAUGAUAUUGAAGAUCUGGUCAAAGUUGGAAAAGCUGUUAAAGGCUGUUCAUAUUAUGCAGCUCGCUCAAUGGCAGAUGAAGCACAAUUAGUUUUCUGCCCGUAUAACUAUUUAAUAAAUCCGGUCAUUCGAGGAGCAAUGGAUGUAGACAUUAGAGGAGCCAUUCUUAUCCUCGAUGAAGCUCACAAUAUAGAAGAUGUUGCCCGUGAAGCUGGUAGUGUGGAUGUUGAAGAAGAUACACUAUACAAAUUGCAGACGGAGUUGGAGCAACUUUGCUCGAUUGAUACUUCAAUCUACCAGCCAUUAUAUGAGAUGUCACAGGAUCUGCUGAGUUGGGUUGACAGAAGGAAAAGCACAUUGCAGAAGCGUGAAUUUCAACACUAUUGCUCUUGUUGGACUGCUGAUAAGGCCUUGAAAGAGCUUGAAGAGGCUAAUAUUUCACAGCAGUGCUUCCCAAUCUUGCUGGAUUGUGCCUUAAAGGCAAUUAAAGCUGCAACAGAUCCAGAAUCGGAGAUUGCUCAUUUAAGUGGCAUGGCAGUGAUAGUAUUGGAAGGGUUGUUUUCCGCGCUUACUUAUUUCUUCUCGAGAAGUGGCUCUCAUGUGUCAGACUACCAACUUGCGUUGCAACGAAAAAUUAAGAGAGAUAGAAAAAGUCCUGUGGGUGAGUGGACACUAACUCUAAGCUUAUGGUGCUUGAAUCCUGCUGUUGUCUUCAGAGAUAUUGCUGAUCUUUCUUUGUCAGUCAUUUUAACUUCUGGGACUCUCUCACCAAUGAAUUCCUUUUCAUCCGAGCUUGGAGUACAGUUUGGAACCUGUUUGGAAGCGCCACAUGUAGUUGACACCGACUCGCAGGUCUGGGCUGCUGUGGUAUCCACUGGUCUAGAUAAUAGUCCACUGAAUGCGAGUUACAAAACGGCAGACGAGUUUUCUUUCCAGGAUGCACUUGGCAAAACUUUGGAGGAAAUUUGCAUGAUCGUUCCAGCUGGAUCUCUUGUUUUCUUCCCAAGUUAUAAGCUGAUGGAAAAAUUGUGCAGUCGCUGGCGUGAAACUGGUCUAUGGUCUCGACUAAAUGCAAGAAAAUCGCUCUUUGUGGAACCAAGAGGAGGAAGCCAGGAAGAGGAUUUUGACUCUGUUUUGAAGGAUUAUUAUGAUUCAAUUUGUCAACGUAAUGUACAUGCCAUUGGGAGAAAAAGACGGGUAAAAAAAUUGGAUUCUAAAAUGGCUGCACAAUUUUCAGAAAAUUCCAAAAGAGAUGGAGCUGCUUUUCUUGCCGUUUGCCGGGGCAAGGUUUCAGAAGGAAUGGACUUUUCUGAUGAUAAUGCUCGAGUUGUUAUAGUAGUUGGUAUUCCAUUUCCAAACAUGUAUGAUAUCCAAGUUGGCCUAAAGAAGAGCUACAACGACACAUACAAAACAUCCAAGAACCUUGUUAGUGGGAACGAAUGGUAUUGUCAACAAGCAUUCCGUGCUCUGAAUCAAGCUAUUGGACGCUGUAUACGGCAUAGGUUUGACUAUGGUGCCAUCAUCCUAUUAGAUGAACGUUAUAGGAAGGAGCAAAACAGAAUGUAUAUUUCGAAGUGGCUAAAGAAAUCUAUUUGUCAAUAUGACAGCUGUAGCAUGGCUAUAGAGGGGUUAAGAUCCUUUUUCAGAGAUGUCAAGGAGAACGUUGGCAAGAAGAUGGUGGAUCUCUUACCAAAUACUGAAGCUGAUGGGCAACAGAUCUCUCCAAUGGGUCCUGCCAAAGGGUGUAGAAGGGGAAAAAAUCAGAAAUUGAACGAGUCUGAUAAUUGUGGAGAGAUACUAGUCUCCUGGACAAAGCGUGAUGCUGCUUCUCAACUUAAGCCCAAUAAUGGUGCUGGACAGUCAUAUAUGCAAGUGGAUAUGGAUAUUGACAGUCAGAAAGAAAUUAUAGACCUGGAAUGUGACUCUCAGGAAGAGCCAGGGUGCUCUGAAGCAUACUCCCAGGAAGAACUAGAGGUGACCUAUGUUAAAGAAACCCCAGGAACGGGCUGCAAUGGUACCAGUACCACAUCUAGUUCAGGCUCCUUCUCAAAGGAUGAGAAUGUUAGUUUAACCUUAUUUCAAACCUCAGUUGGGUGUACAGAUCAAGUAUCAUCCUAUUCAGUGUCUCUAACAAACGCGAGCAAAGCUAUUGGCAAAGUCCAGUGUUCAGAGAUGGUCACUCCUAAAAAGAACUUCAAUGCAAACACCUGCAGCAUGAUAUCAGAAGCUGAGUCUACGCUUAAUUUAAGUGUUAAUUCUCAUACACAGAAAAAGAGGAAAUCUAUAGGCCUGCCAUUUAUGAUAGAUGAAGAACAAUCUGCCUCUCCUGAUGCCCAAGCUCCUGCUUGUUUAGGAUCUAGAAGGAUUGAAUUUGAUUUGGUGACUAACGGUGCAGAACCGCCCACUGAGUCAAAAUCACAAGCUCUGGCAACAGAUAGCUGUGCUCCAUCCUGCAUUUCUUCCGAUCCUGUCAUUGAUCAGAAAUUACGAAUUUCUUGUUCACUCUGCAAAAGCCCCUUAGGUCUUCCUGAAAACCAGUUAUAUGUCACAUGUUCAGUGACUUCGUCGUCAAAAGUUCACUUACUGUCUCUUGUAAAUGAAAGACAUGAACCCUGCAGCAAGAACCCAACAAGCAUACCUGUCCUGAUAGCCGAUGCUGCGUCAGUAGAUCAGCAUCUGUGCAAAAGUGCUAAAGAUACUCCAGGAUGUGGGGUUUGGCGAGAAGAAGAUGGGUGUGUUUUCAAUUCUAUCUAUUGUCCCUUCUGUAGCACCUCUAACUGUCUUGGAGCGCAGAUCAUGGCAACUGAUGCAUUGAACACUCAAUUACUUAACAAGAUUUUGUUUUACUUUGAUCGUCUGAGAAUUGAGAAUCUCGAAGGGUCAAGGGAUAAUACAUCAACAGAAAAUGUAUCCAAGCGGAAGGAAAAGGUAGCUCACAGUCCAAGCUUCAAUAAAAUGGAUGCUUUAAAUGCCAUUGAUAGAUUUGCGUAUUCCCCGCAGCAGAAUUCUGGAGGUUGGAGGACAACAAGGACAAAGCUGAGACUACCCAAGAGAGACCAACUCUUGAAUGGACAAAAUAAUUACUGAAUCUAAUGCAGGACAGCAUCAUUUUAUACAUUGCAUACACCUAGUUUUAAUGCACAAUUCAUUCACUUAGAAUUGUGAUAUUAUUAGAGAUCUGGGUGAGAUCUUCCUUCUUUAUCAAGUGCAUAUUGAAGGGUGUACAUGGAUCACUGUAAAUUAUCUUUUUGGUUGUAAGAGUAGUUUUUUAUUUCUUGGUACAAUAAAUCAGGAAUCUGCAGUUAUAUUCCAAUUAAAAAUAUUAUUUUUAAUUGGUUAUAUUCAAUUCUUGUUCAUUAUUUAUACUCAUAUGAGGUAUUUAGGCUUGAUGGAGUGUGAGGGCAUAUUUUGUAGAGGUUGAACCAAUUUGUUUAAUGACAUUUUGUAGAUACGUAUUCUAUUGGGUGACAUUUAUUUAGGCUUGAUGGAGUAUUUAUUUUUAUGGAUUCAA